AUGGAGGUCAUAGACGUCAGCGUCGGAACCCCGCAAUGGUACGAAUCGAAAGGCUUUCGCUUCCAGACCUCUAUCGUCCACGAAUCCGCAUCGACCUUGCAAUUGCAGCAGAAUGGCGUUACCGAAAACCGCCUGGCGGCGCACAAUGCCCAUGUGUACGUGUUUUUCAAAGAACACUACGAGUACUGGGCUCGGAGACUUGACGUGGAUCCAGCCACUUGGAAAUGGGGCACGUGGGGUGAGAACAUCACUUUCUCGACAGCUCUCGACGAACGCGAUUUCCGCCUGGGUGAUGUUUGGUUGGUAGGGAGGAAUGUUAAACUACAAGUCUGCGGCGCCCGGGUGCCGUGUUUCAAGCUCUCCUGGCGACUUCAACAGCCAGAUAAAUGGUUGAAAGAGCUUGCCGACUCGGGUAGAGCUGGAGUCUAUAUGAAAGUCAUUGAGGGCGGUAUCGUUCGCCCGGGAGAUAAGGCCGAACUGAUCCAACCAGGCGCACCAGGUGCUCAUGACGUGGCCGCCAUCACGCAGCUAGCCUUUUGUCGCGGUCUGAAGAGCAGGGAUGUCAUGGACAUACUUGCAAAAGAUCCUCUGCUGUUUGGCAUGAACAGGCUCCUUUUUGCCCGGAAAAUCUCCGCCUUGCAAGACGACGAUUAUCUUGGGAAAGGAGCGUGGAAAAGUUGGCGUGACUUGCGUGUCGAAAGGGUCGAACAGCCUGCGCCUGAGAUCAAGUCGUUCUACUUCAAGCCUCUCCAGAAAGACAGCCUGCCGCUUGCAAAUUAUCUGCCCGGUCAAUUCAUUAACGUCAAGCUUCCCAGUGGCCUCACUCGAAGCUGGACCAUCUCAGACUGGCCCAGCCACCACGAACCGGCUCACUAUCGCGUGUCAAUCAAACGUCAAAACCAAGGCUCCGCAUGGAUGUACGACCACUGCACUGUAGGAAAUAUUCUCUCAGUGCGAUCGCCAGCAGGCCGCUUUCAUUUAGAUUGGACGCCGCAGUGGGUCGGUCGCCAAGUUUACCUCUCCGCUGGAAUCGGUGUCACACCAAUGAUAAGCAUGAUGAAGGCACAUCUUCAACACUAUGCCGUGAGCAAGGCACCGGCAGUGUGGAUCCAUGUUGCAUCCGACAAGGACAAUAUUCCUCACUUGGACGAGAUUCUAAAAGCAAGUGGACACAAGCUGAUUAAGAAAUACAUCUUCCUGACCUGCGAGCUGGAUGAGACGACUUUUGAGGAAACCCUUCAGAACCAUGAAGAUAACAUCUCCUUCUUCCGAGGACGGCCAAGUGAUGAAGACACUCGACAGAUCCUCACAGACCCCUAUCAUAUCAACCCACUUGACGUUACACCCAUCGAAAUCGAGGGCUGCAAGUCGACCUGCUACAUUUGUGGCCCAGUGGCGUUCGAAAUUACCGUAAAACAGCAUUUGAAAAACAUUGGCGUUCCAGAAGCAAUGAUUCGCAGUGAGCUUUUUGCUGGAAAGCUGGAAAGCGAGGCGACAGACAUGAAGAAAGCAACAAUAAGGUUCGCCAAGAGUAAGAAGACGGUAUCCUGGUCGGAGGACCAGCCCAUGUCGAUAUUGGAGGUUGCAGAAGCGGUUGGACUGUCACCUGACCAUGGUUGUCGCGUUGGGAGUUGUGGAGCCUGCAAAACGACGCUGUGCAAAGGAAGCGUCUCGGGAUCUCUAGAGCCUGAUGGAGGCGUUUUGAUAUGUACAGCUAAACCAGCUAGUGUUGAAGUAGAGCUAGACCUCUAG